AUGUCGUCUCAUUUCGCCCGCUACGAGUCCUUCCUCGUCAAGAAUGUCUCCACCAUCUCUUCCCUCGAAUCUACCUUGAGGUCUAUUACGUGGAUCCUGCCGGGCAGGUUCAGAGAUGCAGAGUUGGCGUCAGAGGCUUUGUCCGCCUCCCUCAAUGUUAUGAGCAUGUAUCAUGACACGCUCCUGGAGAAGGUUGUCCAGGCGGAUCCCAAGUACAAAGCCCUCAUACCUCCGUCAUUGCACACGCGGUAUACCCGUGCAUGGUCUGAAAAGGACUCGCUUUACAAGUGGGCUGCUCGCGUGUUGCAAUUGGUUCGCUUCACGGAACUGUUGAUCGAGAUGGGCUUGCGGAGGAAGGUCUCGCAACGUAACCGGUGGAGAGGUAUCGUGCUCUUGGAGGUCAUCAAGGCGGUCUCACGUCUAGUCUUGUUGCGGAUCACCAGGAGACCUGUACUCACACCACCCAUCCCUGAACGCGAGUUCGAUCCUUCUGCAAUUCCUCUUGAUGCGGAAGCAGUGUCCCCGACUCUUGCGCCGUCUUCGCCACCGUCGUCUCUCCCCGUGACUCCCGAGCAUCUCAAGAACAACCAUGAGCCGCUACCCCUCCACCCUCUCUUGACGCCACCUCCUCCCACACAAUCUCCGCAGCAAGUAGAAGACUUCCUUCUGCCCAAGGCUCUGAACACAUCGUCAGUGAAGCCUCCUACAGCACUGAUUGCGACCCUCGCCUCGCCGAAAGACUGGCUCUCGGAGAUCAUAUACAUCCUCCGCCCUCUUGUCUAUGCGACGAUGCUCUCGCGCAAGAGGAGGAACACCAACCCACUCAUGGUCAUACUCAUGAUGGAGCUUCUAGCUCGCAACAUGAGACGCGUACCACAGCGAUCGGCCCAGCUGGAGCGUGCCGAGUAUGCACUCCGCGACAGGGACAUGCUUUGGUAUAUCCUCCGGGGUUCGAUCUGGGAGUCGUGGACGAAGCCCAAGCUCGAGGCAUUCGCGAACAAGACGGCGAACGCGCCGCUGCUCGGUCUGUUCAGCGCGUUGAUGAGAGACUGGGUCCCGUUGAUCGACGAGUAUCAUUAUUGUGAGUCAUCCAUCCCAACUGCCCCUCAUCCCCCUCCCUCCGCUCAAACGGCGUCGCUGACGCCAUCGAACAGACACUGCACCCUAGUUCUUCUCAUACGGUCUCAUCGUCUACGCGUAGUCCAUGUGAUAUUCAUGCUUGCUUGCCUACUCCAAGCCUCGGUCCGUGCAUUGGGCUAG